AUGGGGAGACCUAUGAAAGCAGGAACAAACGGUUGCAAUCGAACUCCUUCUAAUAAGAAGAAGGAGAAGGAGUCAAAGAAGAAGCUGAUUGAUGGGAACAGAGAUGUGGACCCUCAGCUAUGGCAUGCUAUUGCUGGAGGAAUGGUUCGAAUUCCAGAACUUAACUCUAAGAUCUUCUAUUUCCCUCAAGGUCAUGCCGAGCAUGCAUAUGAACCUGUCAAUUUUCCUGCUGACAUCAAAAUUCCAUCCCAAAUUCCAUGUAGAGUUGCAGCUAUCCAUUAUAGGGCUGAUCCUGAUACAGAUGACGUGUAUGCAAAACUCAGGCUUGUUCCUCUACAUAUUAGCCAAGUUAGUUAUGAUGAUGACCAUGUUGCUGACAUCCAUAAUAUGUCUGAAACUAAGAAUAAAUAUCAAUCUUACACAAAAACCUUGACACAAUCUGAUGCUAAUAAUGGGUGUGGAUUCUCUUGUCCUAAGUAUUGUGCCGAAACGCUUUUUCCUCCAUUAGACUAUUCAGAUAUGCUUCCUUCUCAGGACAUUUAUCCCACGGAUGUGCAUGGAGAAACAUGGAGAUUCAGACAUGCUUAUCGGGGCAUGCCAAAGCGGCAUCUGUUUACAACUGGGUGGAGUGACUUUGUGAACGAAAAGCUACUUGUUUCCGGGGAUUCACUUGUGUUUGUGAGAGAUGAACACAAUGAUCUUCAUGUUGGAAUUCGAAGGUCUAAAAAACGAAAUGACAGUGAAUUUAAUUUUUCAUCAAAGAGGAAACUUGGUAGUGAAACUGGAAUUUGUCUUGGACCAUCAUACGGUAGACGUACUUCGUCUUUAGGAGAGUUGAGAAUAAGUGAUAAGGUGAUGGGAAUUGGGAGAGUGAAGGCUGAAGAUGUUAUUGAAGCAGUAAAACUUGGUGUCAAUAUGCAACCGUUUGAUGUGGUUUAUUAUCCACGGGUUGGUACUCCCGAGUUUUUUGUGAAAACUUCUUUAAUUAGAACAGCACUUCAGAUUAGGUGGUAUUCUGGAAUGAGGUUCAAGAUGGCCAUUGAAACAGAAGACUCGUCAAAGAUAAAUUGGUUAAUGGGAACAAUUGCUUCUCUUCAGACUGCUGAUCCAGCAUGGCCCGACUCUCUUUGGAGACUUCUGCAGGUGACAUGGGACGAACCUGAUUUACUUACAAAUACAAUGCUGAAUAUGUGGCAAGUCGAAAUUGUAUCGGAAAUGCCUUGGUUCCCUUUUCACCCUUUGUUGUCAUCAAGUAAGAAACCGAGAUUGGCUCAACACCCAACUUUCCCCAUGAAUGGCCAAUUAUCAAUGCCAACUUUUCCAAAUGUUGCAAUGACUAGUACUGCAGGCAUGCAGGGAGGCGGGUAUGAUCAUUUUAGUCACUCUAAUUCAUGCUAUCACCUAGAAAAAAUUCCAUUAGGUCUCUUUAUAGCCCAACAAAGAUUUAAUCACGAUGCCUCAACAUCGACGACUGUCCCUAAUAGCCCAACUGUGCUAAAGGAGAGCAGUGGUGAGAAUGUUCCCAGUGAGAAUGUUUCAGGCUUCAUAUCAAUUUCUACACAACCAUCAGAGAAACUAGAUCAUGUGAAGCCGAAAGAGGUCAUGUUUUUUGGCCAGACAAUGGAUCAUGCGAAGCCGAAACAGUUGGUGCUUUUUGGCCAAACAAUAGUUCAUUCGAAGCCGAAACAGUUGGUGCUUUUUGGCCAAAAAAUACACAUUGACUGGGGAAAUGAAAAUGGUGAGGGGAAAAUCACUAAUUAUUCUUCUCAUUCUCCUCAACAAGACUCCUCUAAUGAGAAGUUGGAAUGUAAUCUAGAGAACCAAUGCAAAAAAGAUGCUUUGGAAGGAGAAACGAUGGAGAUUGAAGACUCAGGGGUAACUUUGGGGCAAAGCAAUGUUGUAUGUGUUUUUUGCAAACAUGCUGUUGAAUCAGACUGCCACAUGCUUCUGGAGUGUAAUGAAAAUGAAGUAAUGAACCCUGUGUCUGCAUUGAGCGUUUGGCUUUGCUCGCGGGUCAUCAUGAUGCUCAUUAAGCUUUGCCAUGAGAUUUCCCCCGAGGAUGUUCUCGUGCAAGGAUGCAAGAGUUUGUCGUUCCUUCCCGACAAGGGGGCUUGA